AUGUGCAGUAAAAUCAAGAAUGACACUGAGGAUGACGCUGCCACUGAUCUGAUCCACGUCAGUGUCCUGUCUCCUGGCUCACACAGCCAUUCAGAUGAAACUACUAUGUCUUCGCCUGACUCUCACGCAUCCCCGAGUCUCCGAAGAAGGGCACCAAAGUCAGCCGCCCUGCCAAUGCCUUCAUCCUUUAUCGCAAGCAUCACCACUCAGACAUCGUGGCUCGCAACCCUGGUCUCCACAACAAUGAGAUCUGUAAGUUGCUUCUUCUGCGCGCAAUUUCUCUCCAUGAUCAAGAACUUACAAAUGUCUACAGCAAAGAUCAUUGGCAAGAUGUGGCGUGACGAGUCCGAGCCUGUCAAGAAGCAGUGGAAGGACCAGGCCGAGAGCGUCAAGCGCCAGCACCUUCGCGACCACCCCGACUACCAGUACCAGCCUCGCAAGCCCCAUGAGAAGAAGCGCCGCAUGACCAAGCGCAAGACCAUGGCUCUGGCUGCCCAGCAGAACACUCCUUCCACUUCAGCCUCUGCCUCUGCCUCAGCAUCUGUCGAUGCAAACAUGCCUGCCGCCUUCACCACCUACUCGCCUACUCCAUCCACAGUUGGCCCCUUCUCUUCUGUCACCUCACCCGCCCAGAUUGUCGACCUCGCCAACUUCGACGACCCAUCUCUCAGCUACUCUGCCAAUGGCGACCUCGCUUCCUUCACCUUCGACCCCUUCCAGCCCAACCAACUCGACCUCUUCACCAACCUCUUGGACGACCACAACACCGAGAUGAUGUUCGGUCCCACCACCGUCCGCGCUCCUGCCGCCUGCACUGCUCUCCCCACUGCCAUCAACAGUGCCAUGGCUGACGGCAACGCCGGCGCCUCUCUAUCCAACCCCACCUUCACCAACAAUGACCUCGCCAUGGCUCAGUCAGACUUGACCGGCUUCGAGUCUUCGCUCGAGGACAUGCUGUCCCGCGAGCUUGAAACCAUGGAGGGGGAUGGCGGUCUUGCCGCUGCUGUCGAGAACGGUUUCCAGUACAACGACCUCGAGUCUCAGCGCUUCACAGAGUUCUUAGAGCAGAUGCCUGAGCACAUGUGGGGUAUGGAGUUUGUCAACUGA